UGCAGACCCUGCUGCUCCCAGUCCAGCUGCUGCAGACCCUGCUGCUCCCAGUCCAGCUGCUGCAGACCCUGCUGCUCCCAGUCCAGCUGCUGCAGACCCUGCUGCUCCCAGUCCAGCUGCUGCAGACCCUGCUGCUCCCAGUCCAGCUGCUGCAGACCCUGCUGCUCCCAGUCCAGCUGCUGCAGACCCUGCUGCUCCCAGUCCAGCUGCUGCAGACCCUGCUGCUCCCAGUCCAGCUGCUGCAGACCCUGCUGCUCCCAGUCCAGCUGCUGCAGACCCUGCUGCUCCCAGUCCAGCUGCUGCAGACCCUGCUGCUCCCAGUCCAGCUGCUGCAGACCCUGCUGCUCCCAGUCCAGCUGCUGCAGACCCUGCUGCUCCCAGUCCAGCUGCUGCAGACCCUGCUGCUCCCAGUCCAGCUGCUGCAGACCCUGCUGCUCCCAGUCCAGCUGCUGCAGACCCUGCUGCUCCCAGUCCAGCUGCUGCAGACCCUGCUGCUCCCAGUCCAGCUGCUGCAGACCCUGCUGCUCCCAGUCCAGCUGCUGCAGACCCUGCUGCUCCCAGUCCAGCUGCUGCAGACCCAGCUGCUCCCAGUCCAGCUGCUGCAGACCCAGCUGCUCCCAGUCCAGCUGCUGUGCCCCCGUGUGCUGCCAGUGCAAGAUCUGAAGCUGUGUCCAGGGACCUCAAGUGGCUUCCAGAAACCCAGGAAUCUAGGAAGUGACUGGUGCCCCAUCCCAGAUUAGCAAGUGGCGGUUUUGAAUCCAUCUUUUCUACAGUGGGGACCCCAACUCUCCAGUCCCAGCAGAUUGCCUCCCAGAUCCAGGAGAAGUCGGACCUCUGCGUGCCUUCUGUCCAUUCUGGAUCCUCCCUCCUCUGCCUCGAGGAAGUCAUUUCCUUCCCAGUCUCCGCAAUGUCUGCAGUCCCCACAGGCCCCUGAUUCCCGGAGCCCAUUGCCCCUCGUGCUUCGGACUUGGCCGACCUGGCCCAUCCCACAAGGCCAACGUCCAGACCACAGACCCAGGAGGUGCCCCCCACUCCUUUCAGCCCUGCAUCGGCUGGCCCAGCGCCACCCUUCAGCAGGAUUCGCCUGUGCCUCCGUCACUAGCCACAGUCCAGUCUGGACCUGGUGAUGGCUCUAAAUAAACACAUUCCCCUCUCAAG